CUUUCAAAAUUGCUCAUUUGGUGCAUCCAAGCUGUGGUGUUUAUACUCUUCCAAACUUUCUACUGGGAAUGCCACUCUCUUCACACUGGAAUUUGUCAAAUUAAAAUCUUCCUUUCUUUCGUUCAAUGUCACGGGGACUUACACAAGAAAUCUUGUCAUUAUGAACCAUUAGUGUUUACUGUCCCUGCUUUCAAUAGUUUCAUUCUUCCUCAAGUGUCUCCAUAA